AUGUUUUUACCUUUCCUUUUACCAUGCCUCUAUUAUUUCAAGUUUUCCUUUCACCACCCCUCCAUUAUUUCUACAUUUUCUUUUACCAUUCCUCUAUUAUUUCAACUUUCCCUUUCAUCUCCCCUCCGAUGUUUUUACCUUUUCUUUUUACCAUGCCUCUAUUAUUUCAACUUUUCCUUAAAUAUCUCCUCCUAUAUUUUUACCUUUCCUUUUACCAUUCCUCUAUUAUUUCAACUUUUCCUUUUAUCUCCCCUCCGAUGUUUUUACCUUUUCUUUUUACCAUGCUUCUAUUAUUUCAAAUUUUCCUUUUAUCUCCCCUCCAUCAUUUCUACUUUUCCUUUUACCACCGCUAUAUUAUUUCUUCUAUGCUAUUCACCUCUCCACUAUUCUUUUUUUCUUUCACUCCCUUCAAUUAUUUCUUUCUUUAUUUGCCGUCUCUUUUUUUUUUUCGUUUCCUUCCAAACCGACACUGCUGAUUCUUUUCCUCAAAACAUGACAGUUUUUCCUCUUUCUUUCUUUCUUUCUUUCUUUCUUUCUUUUUUUCUUUCUUUCUUUCUUUCUUUCUUUCUUUCUUUCUUUCUUUCUUUCGUGAUACCCCAUUUCUGUUGA